UGUGUAAGAGGUUAAAAAGACUACAAAAAUAAUUGAAAAAGAACUACAUAAAAUAAUAUGAAUUCUUACAAAUUGUUAUAAUUGUGUUAACCUUUAGUAAACAAAAGAGACUCUUAUGUUUUACACUCCUGUUGGAGGUUGGUUGAUGUGUUGUAACAGUAAAAAGGUCAUUAUUUUGCUGUGAUUUUAUUUUGAACUACAAUUCCCUGCACCAACAAGACAACUGCAUCGGAUCAACAUUUCCAAAAAACACAUCUUGAACUCAGGAGCGCAUAUCACUGUUAGCCUGAAGCCAGUGUGGUGGAAAAUAAUGAACUGUUAUCAGGAGUUGUUAAAAAAAAAAUCAGGUUUGUGAAGCAUUGAUUUGGAUUAAUGUAUUUGGUUAAUGUGUGGAAACUUUUAUAAAUUGGUUUAAAGGAAAAACCUUUGGACAUCAUCUGUCGUGAUGAAGAACAAAUCAAGCAUCGGCAAUGUGAUUCGAACCAAUGUGUGUCGUUUUUUCGGCACACGCCUCAAAGCUUCAGAUUAAAGGAAAUUAAAAUAUUUUCCUGAAAUUCAUCACCAACAACCAGGAUAUUUAACUAAGAGCAAAGUUAAACUACUGAAAGAGGUAAAGCAGAAGCCUUCCUGAAGAAUCUCCAGAACACGCAGAAAUUGUUUGCUACAUUUAAAAGACAAAUGAAGCCAAGUCCCGACAUGGAGAAACAUCAGCACUCUGCCAAGAGUUUUACUAAACAGAGUGAUCUCAAAAAACAUCAGCGCAUUCACACAGGAGUGAAACCGUAUCACUGCUCAGACUGUGGGAGGAGUUUUAAUCGACAGAGUCAUCUCAAAAGUCAUCAGCGCAUUCACACAGGAGAGAAACCGUUUCACUGCUCAGACUGUGGGAGGAGUUUUAAUCAUCACAGUCAUCUCAAAAAACACCAGCGCAUUCACACAGGAGAGAAACCGUAUCAUUGUUCAGACUGUGGGAAGAGUUUUAUUACACAGAGUAAACUUAAAAUACACCAGCGCAUUCACACAGGAGAGAAACCGUAUUACUGCUCAGACUGUGGGAAGAGUUUUAAUCAUCACAGUCAUCUCAAAAAACACCAGCGCAUUCACACAGGAGAGAAACCAUAUCACUGCUCAGACUGUGGGAAGAGUUUUAAUCAUCACAGUCAUCUCAAAAAACACCAGCGCAUUCACACAGGAGAGAAACCUUAUUACUGCUCAGACUGUGGGAAGAGCUUUAAUCAACUGGAGACUGUCAAACGGCAUCAGCGCAUUCACACAGGAGAGAAACCGCAUCACUGCUCGGACUGUGGGAAGAGUUUUACUGAACAGAGUAAUCUCAAAAAACACCAGCGCAUUCACACAGGAGAGAAACCGUAUCACUGCUCAGACUGUGGGAAGAGUUUUAAUCAACAGAGUGCUCUCAAAAUACACCAGCGCAUUCACACAGGAGAGAAACCGUAUUACUGCUCAGACUGUGGGAAGAGUUUUACUACACAGAGUGCUCUCAAAAUACACCAGCGCAUUCACACAGGAGAGAAACCGUAUCACUGCUCAGACUGUGGGAGGAGUUUUAAUCAACAGAGUAAUCUCAAAAGUCACCAGCGCAUUCACACUGGAGUAAAACCAUAUCACUGCUCAGACUGUGAGAAGAUUUUUACUACACAGAGUGAUCUCAAAAAACACCAGCGCAUUCACACAGGAGAGAAAAAUGUCCCAAAUUUGUCUCAUGGCAAUUAAAAGCGCAAAUCAUAAAUUCCACCAGAAACAAAUAUGAACUGUAUUUAACAAUGGAUUUUACAGGUUCAGCAAAACUAUUCUUAUCCAGGGAUGAUGUGUAUAGAAUUCCAUGUUAUGUUUGUAUGUCUUGUAAGUUUGAAUAUUCCAGGACAUUCUUUGUGAGACAGAGCUCAGUUUUUAGGUUAGUUACUGUUGCGCAGUAAGGUUACAGGCUCAUUCACUCCCUCUGCUGGUGUUCUUGUUUGUCUAUGGUUCAGUCCAAUUAAAAAUCUGUUACUAUAGAGGGAUAUAGAGGGAUAUUUGGUUGUGUUGUAUUACUCAAGUUUUAUACUCUCUUAUCUUUUCCUUAUUGAAUAUUAAAUGUUGCUUAUGUUUUUUUUAAUCUCCAAAGUUACUAAGAAUAUCCAAAUAAUGUCGUUUCUUAAUUGUUUUUAUCCAGUACAAACUAUUAUCUUUGUAUUACUUCACCUCUAUAUUUACCCAUGUGUGUUUUAAUAAACGGCUUUUAUAUUGCA